GGGCCGCUGCGGCGGUGUCUGUACGGGGCCUCCUGCGUCCUCCCUCCCCGGCUGCCCGCCUCUGGGUUUUGGGGCAGCGCACCCCUCGGAACUUCUCGCGUUCCGCAGCAGAAGUGCUUCUGGCUCCCUAACGCUCCCCAGAGAUGCUGAAGCUGUGAUGUACCCAUGAGUGAACACUGCCUGCCUUAUGCACCUAUGGCCUCUGCGCCAGUCGUUCCGGACUCUUACAACCAUGUCCUGGCAGAGUUUGAAUGUUUGGAUCCGUUGCUUUCUGCUCUCAGGCUGGAUUCUAGUCGUCUGAAGUGCACAUGUAUAGCUGUGUCGAGGAGAUGGAUAGCUCUAGGCAGCUCCGGAGGAGGACUGAAUCUUAUACAGAGAGAUGGUUGGAAGCAAAGGCUCUUUCUUACUCAUAAGGAAGGUGCCAUUUCCCAGGUUGCCUGCUGUUUGCAUGAUGAAGACUACGUUGCUGUUGCCACCAGCCAAGGUCUUGUAGUAGUCUGGGAGCUGAAUCAGGAACGUCGUGGGAAACCAGAACGUAUUUAUGUUUCCUCUGAGCAUAAGGGCAGAAAAGUCACGGCUCUAUGUUGGGAUACAGGAGCCCUCCGUGUUUUUGUAGGAGAUCAUGUGGGGAAAGUAUCAGCCAUCAAGAUUAACACAUCAAAACAAGGGAAGGCUGCUGCCACUUUUGUGAUGUUUCCCGUUCAGAUUAUAACCACUGUAGAUUCCCGUGUUGUUCAGCUCGAUUAUUUGGAUGGAAGACUGCUCAUAUCUUCACUUACACGUACUUAUUUGUGUGAUACAGAGAGAGAGAAGUUUUGGAAAAUUGGUAACAAAGAGAGAGAUGGAGAAUUCGGAGCAUGUUUCUUCCCUGUUGGAAAAAACAGCGGGAAUCAGCAGCCACUCAUAUAUUGUGCGCGGCCUGGCUCAAGGAUGUGGGAGGUGAACUUUGAUGGGGAAGUGCAAAGCACACAUCAGUUCAAGCAGCUGCUCUCAUCACCACCUCUCCCGGUUGUUACUCUCAGGAUGGAUCCUCACUACACAACUUCCAGCUGCUCUCCACAAUCUUUAUCUUUCCCCAAGCUACUGUAUUUGACUGAGCAUUAUGUCGUGACCUGGACAGAAAGAGGCAUUUAUAUCUUUGUUCCCCAAAGUGUUCAAGUCUUACUCUGGAGUGAAGUAAAAGAUAUUCAGGAUAUUGCAGUUUACAAAAGUGAACUGUUCUGUCUGCAUACAAACGGAAAAGUUGUACACCUCUCCCUUUUGCUGGUAGACCGCUGUGUAGAUCGCAUGAUAAGAAGAGGGUUCUGGACUAUUGCUGCCAGGGUCUCUUGUCUCUUCCAAAAUUCAAUAAUUUCUUGCAGAGCAAGAAAAAAUUUGCCACUAGACAAGCUGGAGCACUUGAAGUCUCAGCUGGAUGCCUCAACCCAACAGGAUCUCAUUUCACGUCUGGAGGAACUGAUCUUGAAAGUGGAACCUCUAGAUUCUGCGUGCAGCAGUAGGAGGAGUAGCAUUUCAUCUCAUGAAAGCUUCAGUGUCUUGGACUCUGGUAUAUAUCGUGUUAUUAGUCGAAGAGGCAGUCAGUCCGAUGAAGAUUCGUGUUCUCUCCACAGUCAAACAUUCUCAGAAGAUGAGAGACUUAAAGAGUUUCCUGCACACCACGAAGAUGAACAGGUGGAACUUGACAAUGUAUCACAUGCAUCUGUGGCGGUUGAGGCUGACCGGAGUGAGACUUUUCUCCCAUUCAGUAUUCCUUUGUCAUUUCGUUCCCCAUCUCCUCUCGUCUCUCUCCAGGCUGUGAAAGAAAGUGUUUCCAGCUUUGUACGCAAAACGACCGAAAAGAUUGGCACACUUCAUGUGACUCCUGAUAUUAGAGGGAGGCAAGAAGCAAAGGAUGAUGAGCAGCAGCAGGAGGUGGCUGUCAGUCUGGUAGCAUCUCCUCAGGAAGAGGGAAUAUCAGAACCACAGAGCUGCCAGCUUCCAGAGGAGGAUCACUUAAGAGAUCUCAAGGCUGCAACAACAGAAGCUAUAGCCAAACUCCAGGAUCCCCUGGUUUUGUUAGAACCACAGUGCAUGAGAAGGGUUUUACGAGAAUGGCUUGUCUAUCUGGAAGAAAAAUUUGGCAGCAGAGACCAGUUUGAUUCCUCUGUUAGGAAGAGCAAGUCUGUAUGUGCUGAAGAACAGAGGGAAGUCCUGGAAGAAAACGUGCAAGUAGAUCCAACUGGUGGAGAUCUAGUAGAAAAAGAACCAAAUAGUAUUUUGGAAGACUGCUCUGAAAGUAGUGAUGAAACUUGUGAAAGCCAAACUGUAUGUGAAAAUAGUACUAAUUUCAAGGGACCUUUGGGUGGCUGCUUUCAAAUUUCUGCUCCAUGUGACAUAGAACCAGAUGUUCAGAAAGAUCUUGUGGAGCUGACAACUCUGUGUUUUGAGCUGAGUGUGUUUUCUUGUGGAAAUGGUGAUUCAGAGGAAAGCUCUGAUCAAGGUCUGCCACUAGCAGCUUUGUCAACCUUGGCUUGUAGGUUUAUACAAAGCUACUUCUUUCUUCUGGAUUUGAAAAGACUAAAGCAGUGCAUUAUAACCACAUAUGCAAACAGCCCUAAUGUAUGGGAUACAUAUAUCGCAGGAUUGAAAGAACUAACUUGUCACAGUCCAGUUGCUUUGGCAAUGGAAAAUGAAGAUAUGUUGAAAAUAUUGAAAUUGUUGCGUGAUCUGGGGCCCUGGGAUGAUGGCCCUCUGUUACUGGUACAUGCUCAAAGGCUUUAUGAAAAAUUUGGGGAAACAGCUCUUCGGCCCUUGAUCAAGUUCCACCCCUCUAUUUCGCCUUCUGAUAUCAAGCAGCUUUGUAGGAAUGAUCCAGCUCACUUUUUAGCAUAUUUAGAUAGCCUGAUGAAGUCACAGCCAGAGGAUAAAAGGUCAUCUCUUCUUAGAUCUCUUCUGCAGCCGGAAUCAAUACGACUGGAUUGGUUGUGCUUGGCAGUUUCUCUUGAUGCACCACAAAGAGCAAACACUGUGGAUGUGGAAGGAAAUCCCAGGCCACGAUCGCAUUUGUUUACAUGGGGCUACAGCCAGCUCAUUCUGCUUUUGAUUAAACUCCCAGCUGAUUUUGUUACAAAAGAGAAAAUGGCAGACAUUUGCAAAUCACAUGGGUUUUGGCCUGGAUACCUUUUCCUCUGUUUGGAGCUGGAUAGAAGAAUAGAAGCCUUUACUAAUAUUGCUCAUUUGGAUGAUUUGAGCCUAUUGAAUGAAGAAGAUGGUUAGUGAAUCUUAAGCUGUGUACACAUUUCUGCAACAUCAGAACUGCCCUUAGUCUCUACUGAUUAAGUUUCUCAAAAGUAGAGUUAAGCUGUUUUUGGUGGUGGUGGG